AUGUUGUUAGUACCCAAACUUAACGUUUUUAAAAAGGACUUCAAGUCAAUCCCCCAACCCAUUGCCAAGGAUAACCAAGAUAAUUACUAUUAUAGUAAUAAUUCCCAAAUCACUUAUAAGACCAUUAAGAAAAUCGGAGAAGGACAAUUUUCUGAUGUUUGGUUGAUUAAAUCCAUUAAUAAUAAUCAAUUAUUUGCAUUAAAAGUCCUUAAACCAGGAUACAAUGAUAUUGGAGUAGAUGAAUUCAAUUUCUUCCAAGAAUUACAACAAUAUAAGCCAUCUCAGUUAACACCAUCCAAACAUGAUAAACUUGAUGAUUCAAAUGGUUUGGUCAAAGUUUAUGAUCAUUUUUAUAUUAACAAAUCAUCCCAAUUUUGUUUAGUAUUGGAAUUCAUGAACUGUAACUUAUUACAAAUCUUACCCAAAUUGAAAUCCAAUAUGACUCAGAUAAAAUCCAUAACCACUCAAAUUCUUCAUUCAUUACAAUACAUGCAUUCUAAAGAUAUCAUUCAUACUGAUUUGAAACUAGAAAACAUCUUAUAUGAUAAUAAAGUAGUCAAGAUAACUGAUUUGGGUAACGCUACUUUUGAUCAUCAUCAUUUAACUGAUCACAUUCAAACAAGGCAAUAUCGUUCACCUGAAGCUAUUUUAGGACAUCAAUGGAAUUUUAAAGUAGAUAUUUGGUCAUUGGGAUGUAUAAUAUUCGAGUUAGUCACGGGUGACUAUUUAUUUGAUCCUAAAAAUGGUGAUAGUUUUACUAAAGAUGAAGAUCAUAUUGCACAAAUUGUUGAAUUAUUAGGCCAAUACCCUUCACGUGAAUAUCUCAAUGAUUGUUAUCGUGGUGAAGAUUUCUUUGAUGGUAAUUGCUUCAAAAAUAUUAAACAAUUGAAAUUUUGGACAUUAAAUAAUGUUUUGAUAGAGAAAUAUGGUAUUAAAGAUAGUUUAUUGUGUGAUUUCUUAUUGCACUGUUUAACUUUCGAUAUCAACGAGAGAUGGGAUGCUGGUUCAUUGUUAAAUCAUCCAUGGUUGAAAAAAUAA